AUCAUCCUAAAGGAUACAUUACUCGAAUUAACCGUAAUAAUGUUCAAGAAGUCGCUGGCAGAUUGACCAACGCCAAACCACUUGCUUUUGUACUAAAAGAGGUUAAUAAUGUUCCGCCAACUCAUUGUGCCUGGUUAUGUAAAUUCGCAUAUUUCAGGUUAUGUGAUCCGCAAAAAAUAUCAAAUUCUUUGUGUAAUCCUGAUCACUUUUGUCGAGAAAAAAUUGAAGUCAUUUACCCAUAUAGAGAUGUCAGAUAUGUCUCGCAAUCUAGAAACAAUAGGCAAAAAACUCAAGGACACGCAAGAUACGAAAGCGUAUUUGUAGAUAUCUAG